UAAUGUGAUAGGGGAUGUACUCCAGCAGCUCCGAGCCGUGCAUUGUUCUCUCCCCGGAGCUUCAUCCACAGUAACAGCAGGUCCCGGUGCUCUGAACUUGCACUGAGGCCAUUUGUCGGUGGGAGAACAAGGAGGGACCAAGAGGGGAACUACUCCGACAUAAACACGACAUACUGUCCAUGUGAAGGAGGAGGUUAGUGCGAUAGGACAGCCGACAGAAAGGGCUCUGCUCCUUGAACUGGAGAUCAAUGGAAGCGAGGACCUCGUAUGGAUGCAGCCGGGUAUGAUGGCAGGUCGGACAUGCUCGUUGUGCCGACUGAAACAGUGUAAUACCACAGAUGGAUGCCCUGUGUAAUGGAGCCAAGAAACCCGAGGGCUGUGAUCCCGUUGUAGACCCCCGUCCGCCUCCUGCCAAGCUGGCUCGACUGGAACAAAAUGGAGCGGGACCCUCGGCCCAGGAGAGGAGCAGCCAGGGGAGUCCUGUGGCCAAAACCCCCUGUCUGGCCCAGAAACCCACCGCAGUGAGGUCACAGAGCAAGAGCUGGCACAGCAAAGGGAGCCUGCUGCCGGUGUUCUGUGUGGUGGAGCACAAGGAAAGCACUCAGGAGGGAGAGAGGAGAGAAGAACACGCUGAGUUUGUGUUGGUCAAGAGAGAUCUGCUGUUUAACCAGCUGAUAGAGAUGGCCCUGCUGACACUGGGCUACUCACACAGCUCUGCUGCACAGGCCAAAGGUCUCAUCCAGGUGGGCAGGUGGAACCCGGUGCCUCUGUCCUGUGUAACAGAUGCUCCUGACGCCACAGUGGCUGAUAUGCUCCAGGAUGUUCACCACAUUAUCACCCUUAAAAUACAGCUGCGCAGCUGUCCCAAGUUGGAGGACUUGCCUCCUGAGCAGUGGAGUCACUCCACAGUGAGAAAUGCUCUGAAGGAGCUCCUGAAGGACAUGAACCAGAGCUCUCUAGCCAAGGAGUGCCCCCUUUCCCAGAGUAUGAUAUCAUCUAUUGUAAAUAGCACCUACUAUGCAAAUGUCUCAGCUGCCAAGUGUCACGAGUUUGGACGAUGGUACAAGCACUUCAAGAAGACCAAAUGCUUCAAGGAGAUUGACAGCGUCUCUGACCAGUCCACACACAUCACCCUCACCCAGCAGUCAAUCUCAAGUAGCCCAGCUGAUCAGAGCUCAAACCUCUUUUUCUCGCAUGGAGAAGUAGCCAACAUCUGUGGCCGCUCCCCCCUCGGCCUGCGCCCUCCGGGGUUGGUAACCCAGCCUCUCAGCUCCCAAAUGGUCAACCAGCAGCUGGUGAUGGCCCAGUUUCUCAACCAGCAGUAUGCUGUUAGCCGCAUGCUAGCUGGCCAGGGUCUCUCACCGUCCCCACAGCAGUAUCUCAACCACCCGCCUGUAGGACGAGCUCCCCCCGCCAUGGUCUUCUCCAAAACCCCUGAUUCCCAAGCCCCACAGCAGGCACAGUGUGGCCCAGCGGGAGGCCCUGUAGCCGGGCCGCAAACCCAGACUUUGGCUGGGUCUUCUGUGGGGCCAACAGAUGUGCCAAUUGAAAUCUACCACUGUGUGAGGGAGGAACUGAAGAGAGCUGGCAUCUCCCAGGCCAUCUUUGCCCGGGUGGCCUUUAACAGGACCCAGGGCUUGCUCUCAGAGAUUCUGCGAAAGGAGGAGGACCCUAAACACGCCUCCCAGUCUCUGCUGGUCAACCUGCGGGCCAUGUACAGCUUCCUGCAGCUGCCGGAGGCUGAGAGGGAGCGCAUCUACCUGGAGGAGAAAGACAGAAGCCUGACUGGAUUCAUACCAAGCUGCAAUAACACGCCACCAAGAUCCACACAGUCCCGACUGUCCCCCGUUUCAGGAGACAGAGGGUUGUGGACAGACAGUUGUGUUCUCAAUGUCAGCGCUUCUAUCUACGAGGACAUCCAGCACGAGAUGAAGAGAGCCAAGGUGUCUCAGGCUCUGUUCGCAAAGGUCGCCGCCUCUAAGAGUCAGGGCUGGCUGUGUGAGCUGCUGCGUUGGAGGGAGGAUCCAAACCCAGAGAACCGGACCCUGUGGGAGAAUCUGUGCAUGAUCCGCCGCUUCCUCAGCUUGUCCCAGACUGAACGAGACGCCAUCUAUGAGCAGGAGAGCAGCAACACGACAGCACAGCAGCAAUGCGCUGACAGGCUUACACUGCUCAGCAAUGACAAUACACUGUACCAACGAAACUCUCCGCUGCCACAGCAACACCAUCUUCAACCCCAUCAACCCCUGCAGCCAGAUGCAGGACAUCACCUGUCGCCACGGCAACCAUGUGCUGCGUCACCAGCCGAGUCUGAGGCAGGGGGGAUCUGGGGGCACGUUAGAGUACGUCUGCAGGACAGGGGCAGUAGAGAUGGUGAGAGAGGGGACGGUAAGGACUGGGUUGAGGGGGAGCAGGGAGAGAGGAGCAGUUUGGGAGGGGACUGGGGUUGUUCAGGUAUGGUGAGGGACAAGGGUACAGAAAGCAAGGAGGAAGGGAUGGAUGGAAAUGUAGGUGAAGAAGAAUUUAAUGAAAUCAUUGGAAACAGCAACGAGGAGAUGGAAAAGCUCACUAUGAAGUGGCCCGGUGUGAAGGAUGAGGACCGAGGCGGAGUAAGGGUUUGUUCAGAGGCAGAUAAUGAGGUCAAAGGUGCAGAUGAGGUCCAGGGGGAGGGGUUAAGAGUCUCCCACGAAGCACUGGGAAUCCUGCAGAGCUUCGUUCAGGACGUCGGCCUCAACCCAGACGAGGAGGCCGUCCACACCCUGUCGGCUCAGCUGGGCCUGCCCAAACACACCAUCCGAGGAUUCUUCAACAGCCAGGAUCACGACCGGCAUCGACACGACAGCCGGAGCCCAAAACAGAGUCGAGAUACACAGCAUGGCUGCACGGACCCAAACCUCUCGCAGACGGACAUAACUGCAGAGGAACAGGAGGAGGAAGGUGAUAGAAGGACUGAAACAGAACAAAAGGAGGUGGAGGAGGAGACUCGAACAAAGAGAGAUGAAGCAAGCAACAUUACUGUUAUGAAUGAAUCUGACGUCGGCACUCAAACCAUCUGUCCUAUGAAGGAGGAGCAGGAGAGCUACAUCUAACCCAAAUCCAUGCAGUGACAUACGAGUACUGACUCACAGUGUUUUGGUAUUUUAUAGGUGGGUGUCCUCAAAUGCUAUUGAAAGACUUAAAGCUGAAUAUGUUUAUAUCCACACAGUACACCUGCAAUAGAAAGCUUAGUCAGCUCUCCAUUGAUUUCAGCACCAAUACUGCACUUGAGACAUAAUAUAACUGUGACCGUACGUGCAGAUAACGUUAUAACACAUUGUUUCUGUGUGGAUAUAUGUGUGAAUGGUACCCUGAACAAACAGUCCCAGAUAAGAUAUUACUGUUGAAAAAGAGUAAUUAUAGUUGGUUGACUGAUCUAAAGUUUGAGAAAAGUUCACGCCAGAAAUGCCUUGUAGAAAGUGGAACUGCCAAUCUGUUUUAUUUUUAUGAUUGCCAUUAUUUUUUGUUUUUCGAUGUGUUAUAUAUCAGUCAUUUUAAACUGUUAUUGUAUCUUACAUUGUUGUUUUUUGUCACAUUGUAUUAAAUAUCAAGUUUCCUGAUUCAGUUUAAAAAGAAACGAUAGUUGAAUUCGUAAAUUAUAUAUAUUGUUUGGAAUUAAGCUUUUCAUAAAUGACAGGCCAUCCUGUGCAUUUUUUACAACAGUGUGUAAUAAAUCAAAAGGUAAAACAUUGAGGUACAAAAAAUGAUCAACAUAUAGACAUCUAUAAUGUCUCUUCUGCAAAUUCCAGAGUCCAUUUAUGUUCCUAUCUCUCAACUUUAAUCGCAAAGUUGUGUUGAGAUCUUAUUUGCUCCUAAACACAUCAUAAUUUACAUACAGUGUUUCUAUUGAUGCAUGAAUCUAUAAAUCCCUUAAAUAGUUAUUUUGGAGAGUUUUAUGUUUACACAUCUUGUGGUUGUCACAUUGUGCUGAUUAACAUACUACUGAGUUACAUACUGAAGCAGAGGCACACAGCGUGCUCUAUGCAGAGCGCAAUGUUUGAUGUUUCUUCAUGAAGAAAGAUUGUGGACUGGAAAUAUAAGACUGAAGCCGUGCAGUGUGUACAUGAAAUGUUGAAAUUACAUGAAAGCACUUUUAUUUGUAAAAAAAAAAAAA